AUGCAGAGCCUCAGCAGCCAGACGCGGAUUCCUGCACGGCGGGGCAGUCCCAUGCUCACCGCCUGUGCUGUUGAACUUCCCUUUUCGAAAGCUUUGUUUUCCUGUUCGUCCCUACUUCAUUUGCUGGUGCUUGCGGGUGUGUUUGUCCACGUGCAAAGGGCGAGAGCAGAAGAACCCAUCCCAGUGUGCGAACCUGCAGGAAAUGCGGUGGCGUUACACCUCACAAACGAAAAGCUAAACAAAGUGCAGUUUAAAUGCGGAGAGAAUCUGACGACCUUGCUCCCCGAGAAGAAACCGGCGACACACCAGACCCAUUUCUGCCAGGAUCCGAAGUGCACGGUCCAGGUUCCCUUAGGUGGCCUGGCGUUUUCUGAGGACCCGCUGGUUUCUGUUGCAGCACCAGCAGCAGCGCAGCAGACGACAUACACCGUCUCAGUCGAAAAGCUCCCCGAUACGCCCUACACCGCCUACUUUGUUUGCUCUGCGCAGUCCAAGUCGCCCGAGAGAAGCAUGCGUUCGCCGGUUGCAGCAGACUCCUCACCCGCCCUAUGUGUCGUGCAAGUCUCAGUUUGGGCGUCGAAGCCAACUACUGUCCCGUCCCCCAACGUUUGCGACGGCACGUCCUCGAAGAAACUUUCCCUGAAGGUCGGCGAAGACGUCGAACCUGUCACAUUCGCGUGCGGCGAGAAGCGAGAACUGUCGCCUGCUCUGUUCGACGAUGUCUUCCAAACCGCUACAGAAGGGCAAGAGAUGACGGCCAAACUCCAGUCUUUGAUACCUCAGGCCAAGUUGAUUGCGAAUGGUUUUGACGGAUCCGCACACCAGGUCCCCGCAUAUACUCUCACCGUCCCAGAGUUGCCGGAGACAGGCCCAGUGCAGCUACUCUACAAGUGCGCGGCGACAAAAAAAAGUGGUAAAAACAGAACGAGACCGGAGGAGGAGGGCCUAGACAGCUCUGAGACUGCAGCGGAGUGCGAGGUUAUGGUCGAGGUGGCGAAGCGGCCCCCCAGCCCUGGUUCCGACGACGAAACCAGCGAGCAGAGACGGACAAAUCUGGUAGCGGUGUCGUCUGUGGCUUUCCUGUUAGCCCCCUAUAUUGUGGUCAUUGCUUGA